AUGUUAUUAAAAUACAAUUUAAAUAAGAUAUUUAUUAAAUCAAAAAUUUUAAAGAAAUGGAAGAAAUGUUAUAGUACCAGUUUAUUAAAUUAUAAAGAAGAAGAACUUUAUAAAUAUUCUUGUGUUGUUCCUUAUAAAAAUGAUGAUACAUUAACGUUAGAAAGUAUAUACGACGAAAAAUAUAACCAUAUUUUUAGCAAUAAUAAUAUUGAAAUUGAAUCAAAUCUACAUUAUUUAUAUAAACUACUUAUAAAUAGUCGUACAAUUGAACAAAUUAGACUUCAAAUACAUAACUCUUACUGUGCAUAUGAAAAUAAUUUUAUAAAUGAUAUUAAAAAUAUAAAUUGGUCUGCUUAUAUUCCAUUCAGUAGUGUUUAUGUUGCACCACAAAUAAAUAUACGAAGUAUAAAAUCUCGAUUAUAUCAUACAUGUAUGUUAAAAAAUAUUAUUUUAAGUGUAAUAAAAAGACAGCAACAAUUAUACAUUGAAAAAAACGGUGAUCAAAAUAUAUUUUUAAAAAAAAAAAAAAUAGAUCCUUCUAAAUUAGAACCAUUAAAAAUUAAUAUAUUAUUUAAAUAUAAUGAAUGCAAAAUAAAUAUAAAUCUAAGUAAUGAUAUGAAUAAUCGUAUAUAUGUAGCAUAUAAAAAUCAAAAUUCUUUAAAAAGCACUAUUGUUGCAUCAGCUAUUUUUAAAAUUAAUUUUUUAAAAUAUUUAGAUUCAUCAAAAAAAUUAUAUAUUAUUGAUCCAUUCUGUAGUGAUGGCACACUUUUAUUAGAAAUUCUGAGUAUUUUAUUAUCUAUUCCAAAUGGGUCUCCAAGUAUUGAUUAUCCUAUUUUAACAUUUCCAUUGCAUUCACCUUCAACAUUUUAUAACGUAUUAAAUGAUAUAAAUAUUUACCCACAUAAAUAUAUAAAUCAAGUACAUUUGUUAGGUGCAGAUGAAAAUAAAGAUAAUAUUUAUAAAGCAAAUCAUAAUUUAAAAAAGUUUUUUGAUACAAUGCCAUUAACCAUUAAUGAAGAAUAUAAUAAUAAUAAUAAAGUAAAUGAUAAUACAGUAUCAUUAUCUUUUGGGGAUGAUAAUGAAGAAAAUUUAAAUAAUAAUUGUAAUAAAUACGAUAAAUUAACUAGUAAUGAAUAUAAAAGUUCUAAAAGGGAAAAUAAUUGUUAUUAUGAUUUUAAUACUCUUAACACAUUUCAUUUAAAAGAAAUAUUCCAAAAUAAAAACAAAUUAAAAUUAUGUAAUAAUCAUUUUUCUUCAGAAAACAUAAAGUUUUGCUCUUUAGAUUUUUUAAAAUUAAAUAGCAUAGUCGAAAAUUGCAUCAUAAUUACAAAUAUAUUGAAUUUGGAAAAAAAAAAAAUAAGGAAAUUAGAAAAAUUAAUUUUAAGGUCAGAAAUUUUAAAUACAUAUGUUUUUGCACAAGAAAAAUAUAAAGAAAAAACUCAAUUAAAAUUUAAACUUAUUCUACGUUUUGUUUCUAAUGGACAAAAUAUUAUUUUUUUGCAACUUUUUAACAAAACGAAAAAAAAAAAUUAUGAAGAUUUUGAAGAUUAUUGA